CAACAUACUCGGGCCGCCCGGAAGCUAGCCAAUCCACCCAGUCAGUGUCGGACCCCCCCGGCAUGAUCAUCCCAGCUCCACCUAAUCCAUUCUGCUUUGCGGGAUAGGCGGAUUGAUCAUGGCUCCGUGUACACGUCCUAAAAGCAGUGAAGAGGAGCCCAGCAGCCUGCAUAAGGCGGACGCCAUCCUAACAGCCGUCGACACGGAGGCUUGACCAGACGCCAAGCCAGCAGCCGCGAGACCAGUUACGCCCCACCUUUCUUCUCUCCGUAAAUAUGGAAAGUGGACAGCGAAUAGUCCCAACUCUCUCCCACAGCAGCACAAUACCACAAACAGUAUAUGGUUGCCGGGUUACCUGUAAACAAUAUUGACGUGCAUCGCGGGUAUGCGCGAUGACAUCACUUGCCUGCGCCAGAAUCUCGGGCCGGGACUCCCGCACCCGGGAACGCAGCCAAUCUCUGUCUGUUUGGGUGAUAUGUGGAGGGAUAUAAGUUACUGAGCCAUGCCGCUGGUCAAGAGGAACAUAGAGCCUAGGCACCUCUGCCGGGAAACUGUGCCGGAUGGGAUCACCAGUGAACUGGAAUGUGUUACCAAUAGUACACUUGCUGCAAUCAUCCGACAACUGAGCAGUCUAAGCAAACAUGCAGAAGACAUAUUUGGAGAGUUGUUUAAUGAGGCGAAUACUUUCUACAUCAGAGCGAAUUCUCUUCAGGACAGAAUUGAUCGUCUCGCUGUCAAAGUCACCCAGCUGGAUUCAACGGUGGAAGAGGUUUCACUUCAAGACAUUAACAUGAGGAAAGCUUUCAAAAGUUCCACCACCCAAGACCAGCAAGUGGUUUCAAAGAGCAGCAUUCCUCAUCCGAUCACUGACAUCUACAACACCUCUGAUAAACCUCCGCCCCUCAAUAUACUCUCGCCAUACAGAGAUGACAAAAAGGAUGGCCUGAAGUUUUACACAGAUCCUUCCUAUUUCUUUGACCUCUGGAAAGAAAAAAUGUUACAGGAUACAGAAGAUAAAAGGAAAGAGAGAAGACGGCAGAAGGAACAGAAGCGUGUGGACGGCACCACUCGUGAAGUGAAAAAAGUCAGGAAAGCCAGGAACAGACGUCAGGAGUGGAACAUGAUGGCCUACGACAAAGAACUCCGACCGGACAACAGGUUGUCUCCUAAUAUAUACCAAGGAGCUUCAUCCGAGGGAUCCAUGUCCCCUGAUACUAGGUCUCAUGUGUCUGACCUUACAGAGUAUUCCUAUCCUGCAACCCCAAACCACCACCAACAUUCCAUGACCCCAACGUAUGUUGGGUCGGGAGAGUCACUGCAUCAUGUAGGUACUAAUCAAAUUCAUGAGCAACAUGACUACAGGUCCUCUACUGGAACACUAAGGCACAGCACUCUAAACAGGCCGCAACAGCCGCCACCGCCGCCUCCGCAAACGAUGGAUGGGAUGCACCCACCGCCUUUAGUAUCUUCUGAAUGCAGGAGGGUAUUACCAUCUCAGAUGGGGGAAUAUUACCCCACUGCAUCACCACCCCCACCUCCACCGCUCAUUCCUUCAGCUCAGACGGCUUUUGUUAGUCCUCUUCAGCACCUGGUGCCUGGGUCUCCAGGGGGACAGUUAUCUGGGUUUUCAUAUGCUCCUUCUCCGCCUCCUAUUGGCAUUGCUGCUUUAACUACUCCUGGACCACCACCUCCACCACCGGGACCUCCUGCAUCGGCCUUGAUUCUCUCCUCCUCUCCAAUGCACUUCUCCAAAGUGCUAGAAGCCAAACGACUUGAUGGAGCAAAUCUGCUUGGCCUGACUAGUGAUGCUCGAAGCGAUCUUCUUUCUGCUAUUAGGAUGGGAAUCCAACUGAAAAAAGUACAAGAGCAGCGUGAACAGGAAGCCAAGCGUGAGCCAGUUGCCAAUGACGUAGCCACCAUCCUGUCCAGACGUAUUGCAGUGGAGUAUAGCGACUCUGAGGAUGACUCUGAACUUGAUGAGAAUGACUGGUCUGACUGACAACCAGUUGUGUAAAAACGGAUGGCAUUUGCUUCCAAGGUCUUACUGUGAAAGACAUACCUAUUGGCAUUGGCCAGUGACAGCCACCAAUAGCUGUGCCUGCCCGGCUUCUCUGCGUCCCUGGCCCAAGCAGUGUGGUUGUAUACAGGGAAACGCCUAGAUCUUGGCUCACAGGACAACCCUCCAAUGUUGAUCUAGUUUGCAUGCGUCGGCCAGUCAGCCAUAGGUAAAGAGUGCACAGCACACUUUAGCUUGCUGUAGGUUAUGUGCUGAAGUAUUUGUAAAUGUAAUGGGCAUUAUGGAAUUUUGUAGCCACUUUGAAGUUUAUAAGAUUAGUUAAACUGCCACAGUGCAAAAUACUAUUGAAACUCAGGGAUGCUUUAAGAUAGUAAUUGGUUCUCGAACCUGUAGUAUUAUGGUACUUAACACUGUAUUGUAACCUUCGAGUUGUAUUUUACAGUUUUAAUAUGAGCACAUCACCCGCACACCGAGGAAACAAUGCAGCCUAUGGAUUCGCAGUGACAAAACUUGGAUCAGUCCUAGUGAAUUGAUAUAUAAAUGAGCACAAGUCUUUAUUACCUCCCUCCAUAGCAAGGCAGCUUCCGCCGUCUGUAUGCUACUGGUAUAUUUAGGAUACAUAAGUUAUUCAGUCAGUUAUUAGAACCUUGCAAAUGAGCACAUCUGUUUAUAACUGUACCCUGUGUAUUAUGUUGCACAGAAGAACCACGAAAAGAGCAAAAUGUCAAAGUCACUAAAAUAAAUAUUGUCCACGUUCUCAUACUGAGGUAGUACUCUAAAUGCCAGUUACUGGCUGAGCGUGUUAGAGGAUCAUUUACAGUAGUGUAAUAUUUGGAGGUUUAAGAAACAGUACUGUAAAACACUGAUGGUUUUUUUUUGUUUUUUAAAUCUUUAAUUUUAUAAAAUAUACAUUACUGUGGAGUGUCUGCAUAUACCAGUGCAUCUCUGUAUUCAAUUAAUGGUUACAUUUCUCUAACAUUUUUAUUUUAGUUUUUGUAAUACAUCCUAAUAGUAUUUUUCUCUGACGUCCUAGUGGAUGCUGGGAACUCUGUAAGGACCAUGGGGAAUAGACGGGUUCCGCAGGAGACUGGCCACUCUAAAGAAAAGAUUAGGUACUAUCUGGUGUGCACUGGCUCCUCCCUCUAUGCCCCUCCUCCAGACCUCAGUUAGAAUCUGUGCCCGGACAGAGCUGGGUGCUCCUAGUGGGCUCUCCUGAGCUUACUAGUAAAGAAAGUAUUUAUUAGGUUUUUUAUUUUCAGUGAGCUUCUGCUGGCAACAGACUCACUGCUACGUGGGACUAAGGGGAGAGAAGCAAACCUACCUGCUUGCAGCUAGCUUGUGCUUCUUAGGCUACUGGACACCAUUAGCUCCAGAGGGUUCGAACACAGGCACCUGUCCUCGAUCGUCCGUUCCCGGAGCCGCGCCGCCGUCCCCCUCGCAGAGCCAGAAGAACAGAAGCUUGAAGACGACGAAAUCGGCGGCAGAAGACUCCUGUCUUCAUUUAAGGUAGCGCACAGCACCGCAGCUGUGCGCCAUUGCUCCCAGCACACUUACACACUCCGGUCACUGUAGGGUGCAGGGCGCUGGAGGGGGGGGGCGCCCUGGGCAGCAAUUGAAGUACCUUUCUCUAACGUCCUAGUGGAUGCUGGGGACUCCGUCAGGACCAUGGGGAAUAGCGGCUCCGCAGGAGACAGGGCACAAAAGCAAGCUUUUAGGAUCACAUGGUGUGUACUGGCUCCUCCCCC